GGGGGCAUCAACAACCCUCUUUCUCCUCCUCUGAUGAUGUGAAGGCUGCAGAGCGCGCUGCACUCCGCCGUGCGUUUGUUUCCCAAAAGCACCGAUCUGUUCCGAGCCCAAACCAAACCAAGCUGACCCAAGCCAAACCACGGCGUGCGUCUGCGCCUCCACAACACCUCCUCCUCCACCACCACCCCACCCUCGCCUCGCCGUCUCCAGACCGCCGUUUCUGUGGCAAUGGAGCCGUAAACCAACCAAACCUCAGUGUGUUUUAAACUGAGCCGAGCAGCGUGUGAAACAGCAGCGAGGAUCCGAGGAGAGACAGCUGAGAGACCAAGCGGCUAUGGAGGAGAAGCGCAGGGAGGCUGGAGUCUAGACUGCAAAUCAACACCAACACCACCAGGAUUACUUUUUUUUUGCAACAUUUUUUUGAACUCUUAAUAUCUCUAUUUUCCCCUCAUCUUAUUCUCUCAUUACACGGUGAGGAUGCAGAGGAAGGAGGCGAGCUUCUUCUGCACAGGAUGCUGGAGAGUAGUGCUGCUGUCGUGCGUAAUGGCUCUGCACUUGAUCCCACUGUCUGUCCACGGAAACGUGGGGACCAAUACCACCGAACCGGACAGUGUGGCCAAUGUUACCUCCCUGCUUAGCGAGGAGGAGGGGCCUGUCAAGGUCAAUGAGGUCGUCGUCGCGGUAACCGGGAUAAGCACCUCAGCCAGUCCAGACACUGUGACCCAGAGGGCGGGCCGGAUCCCCCGUGCCGGCGAGGAGGACGAGCAGAGCAGCGGCAUGUUCGGUGAAACGGUGGUCCCUGCGUUGGAGGAAGUGGGCGUGGCAGCCCCGCCCCAGCUCAGCCCUGAUUCGGCUGAGACGGAGCACCUGCUGCCGAGCAACCCACGCGGAUCGGACGUCAUGGACGUCAGCGAGGAGGAGGAGGAGGAUGAGGAGCGUCUGCCGCACACCGACCCGCCUUGGAUCCACGCCAAGGACACAGCCGUGUUUGACCUGGAUCGCCUCUUCACCACCACCGCCCAGCCCUCGGCCCCCACCAACCCCUCCAACCCCGACGUCCUCCACGUGGACUUCUUCGACCCCUCCUCUCGUGGUCGCGGCCUUGACCUAGCCCCGCCCUCUCCUUCAUCACUGGCCCAUGAGCUGCAGGGAGGCGACCCGACCUCCUGGGCGAUGCCGGACAACUACGACUACCUCACACCCUACGAGGAUGGCGUGUCCCCCACCGCUGACGAGUACACCUACAGCACCACGACCGACGCCUACGAGAGCGACGAAGACCUCCGGCUCUCCGCUGGGUCUCCGGCUCGCUCCAAGCCCCGGGGCCCAGGGUCUGGCCCCCUCAUCCCUGGGGCGGCACUUCCUGGUGCGGGAGCUCCGGUACCAAACGUCCCUGUGGCGGCUCCUCCAGUGGCCUCACCGGUGGACGGGUCAGACGGGAUGGGCGGAUGUCGCGUGGGCUACCAGAUGGUGAACGGAAGUUGCCGCUCGCCCUGCGACAUGCUGCCCAACUACUGCUUCAACGGGGGACAGUGUUACCUGCUGGAGGGCAUGGGAGUCUUCUGCAGAUGUAACGUCCAGGAUUACAUCUGGCACAAGGGUGCUCGCUGCGAGUCGGUGGUGACCGAGUUCCAGGUGAUGUGUCUGGCUGUGGGCGCCUCGGCUCUGGUGGUCCUGCUGCUCUUCAUGAUCAUCGUCUGCUUCGCCAAGAAGCUCCACGUGCUCAAGACGGAGAACAAGAAGCUGCGCAAGCGCAGCAGUAAGUACCGGCCUUCAUCGGAGCAGCACAAUGAUAAUUUCUCGCUGUCCACCAUCGCUGAGGGCUCCCACCCAAAUGUAAGGAAACUGUGCGACACCCCUCCUAACGUCCCUCAUGCCCGUGCAUUGGCUUACUAUGAUAACAUUAUCUGUCAGGAUGAUCCUAAUUCCCAGAACAAGCUGGAGGACCCGGUGAAGGCCCCGCCCAAGGAGGACGACUCCCUCAACAUCCACAACUCUCUGACCCCCAAACACGAGAACCACAAGGUCCUGGGCGAGGAGAACUCCUCGGAGGUAAACUCACUGCAGAACAACAUGAUGUGAAAACAAAACAAAAACAAAACCACCCCAGCAACCUGACAACACGAAAACGACGAAAACGACAAGGUGCGCCGGCAACGGGAGCACCCAAAUCCCUCCCUGCUCUCAGCCCGUCCGCUGCCGAGUGCGCCUAACCGGUCAACCAACCAACCAACCAGCCUGCCAACGUACCAGCGAACCAACCCAGUCUGCGACCGUCUCCAACACGGCAACACUGCCACCAAGCGGCCCGGGCCGCUGCAAAAAACGUACACCACCACCGCCGCCGCCAUUGCCCCUGCUGAGAGUAAACCCCCUCCCACCGACCUCACCCUGCCGCCGCCCUUGCAACCCCCUCCUACAUCCACUCACACCCCUGUUUCGCAGCCCCGCCCCCCUUGUUGCUUUCACACUACUCUCCUUUAUCUCUCUUAUCUUGCACACAUGCACACACACACACACACACACACAAUCGAAGCACACACACACACACACACACACACACACACACACACACACACAGUGAAAAGAUGAAGACAUAAACAUGCUUAUAUGUAUACACACACAUAAACACACCUUCCCCUGCCUGCAUUGGUGUAUUUUGUAAAAAGAAAGAAAUCAUACAGAAGUUUAAAACGUACGUAAAACGUCAUUGUAAAAAAAAAAAAAAAGUUAAGAUAAAGCUACUGAGAGGUUUUGAUGUUUGUCUGACUAAUCCAGUGAGUAUGUAUAAAUAUUGGAAAAAAAAAUUGCUUGGAUUGAUUUAAAAAGAAGCAACACAAUGUGUCUUGGUUUUCAUUGAUGUGAUUUCUAAUCCUUUGAUGUACUUGUUUUUUUUGUUUUUUUUUGUACUUUUUUGGGACUUCAAACAGAGAAUAAACAAACAAGAUUCAGACAGUUGUUGAAAUAAACCUUUUUAACAUGA